UGACGCUGGGAUGAGGUCGGCGGACUGACGCUGGGAUGAGGUCAGCUGACUGACGGUGUUCUGAGCUGCGCAGACCGACGUCGUGCGGAGGUCGGCGGACUGACGCCGAGCGGAAUCGGGCAGACUGCGCCGACCGGAGGCCAACAGAGCGCCUUGAGUGGAGCUGUGAGGACACCGUGCGGAGGCAGCAGACUGACGUCGUGCAUGCGCCGUCGGACUGCGGCCGUGUGAAGGCGAGCGAGCCGUCGCCGCGCGGAGGCGGGCGUUCUGACGCCGUGUGAAGGCCGCCGGACUGACGUCGUUCGGAGGAGGACCCGCGUGUCCGUAACGCGGGUCAUGAGGCUCGCAGCGGCGCUGCUCCUGGUCAGCGCGGCCUGGGGCGUGACAGCCUCCCGGGUCACGCUGGAAAACAACGGCUACACUGGCCUAGUGGCCGGCAUCGACGACAGAGUGGACGUUCUCCAGUGCAAGCCCAUUCUGCGCAAUAUUCAGCGGCUGGUAUCUGCGGCCUCCGAGUACCUGUACGCGGCGACCAAUCAGCGGGCGUUCUUCGGUGACGUCACGGUGGUGGUGCCCAGUUCGUGGCCCCGCAGCUGCACGGGUGCUGACUCGCCGGGUCAGGCCACCACCGAGAGCUACCUGACCUCUGACCUGCGGGUCAGCAGCACCCACCCCGUGUACGGCUCGGCCCCCUGGACCCACCAGACCGGCCUGUGCGGCCAGCCAGGCGCGUUCAUACAGCUCGCCGCCGACUACGUCUCCACGGGGCAAACCAGCACCCACGGGGACCAAGCGCGCGUGCUGGUGCACGAGUGGGCGCGGUACCGCUGGGGCGUGUUCGAGGAGACGGGCUACCCCGGCGACCGGCUGUACCCGUCGUUCUACCAGGAGUCGGUCGGCCGGUGGCGGCCCUCCGGCUGCUCGAACGCCCCGGUGGCCGGCGUCACAGCGCCGUGA